UUGAAUUUCGUGACCUUGACGAUGUUGAUGACAUCUGAUUGAAAUAAGUUUUCUUUUUAUAGUUUUAUAUUUAGUAAAAACCUCCGCCAGUCCUAAAUCGUGUACAGAGACGAAAAACCAUGCAAAAACGACAACAAACGUUAUCGAUUUGAUCAUAUCAAACACCCGAGAUAACGUUGUGUUUUGAGGUUAUGUAGCCAAACUGUGAUAACAAUCCAGCGAUUUAAAAAACAAUAUUUCUAGGUAACCAAAAUGACCAACAAUUCCCACUUCUUCGACUGCGAAACCACCACCAUCGAUAACUACCCUUGCAAGAAAUGUCCGUUCCGAACCCCCCUAGCCGUCUUAUUAAAACAACACAAGACAAAUCGUUGUAUUAAAACCGAAGACAACGUUAACCCCCCGAGUUAUAUUUGUAAAGGGUGUGCUUUCGAAACAUUUUUUAUCAUGAAGUGGCUACAACACACAGCUGAAUGUAACCAAGUGGAACAAAGUCCCCCCAGACUGUACCAGUGUGAACUGUGCCCCUACCAGACGAAAAUUCUAAGGGCUGUGGAGUCCCACAGACUUGAGGUUCACAGUGAAGAAAGCACGUUUGUGCGGUACCAUUGUGACCAGUGCGACUUUAAAUCGAAACAUAAGUACUCGCUGAAGGCGCACCAAAUCUCGAAACACCUCAAAGACGACGAAAUUGAGUGGUACCAGUGUGAGAAAUGCCCAUACAAAGCCAAACAAAAGUACUCUUUGAAAAGGCACGCGGAUCGCGAGCACGUGGAUGAGACUGAAAUCAAGUGGUACCAAUGUAACGAGUGUCCUUUUAAAACUAAGUACCGCUUUUAUUUGAAUCAACACAGAAGUAGGACACAUGUUGGGACUAAAUAUAAGGGUGGUACGACUGGUACUAGGUACAAGUGUGACCACUGUGAGUACCAAUCUAAACAUAAAUAUUCCCUAAACGCCCACACCGUUUCAAAACACUUGAAAGACGACCAAAUUCGGUGGUACCAAUGUGACAAGUGCCCCUACAAAGCCAAACAGAAGUACUCUUUAAAAAAACACAACUACUGGGAGCACUUAAAAGACACCCAGUGGUACCAAUGUAACAAGUGCAAAUACAGAACUAAGCACAAGUACUACCUGAAGAAGCACGAAAGUCGACACUUGAUGGACAAGAACGUCAAACAAUACAAGUGUCAACAGUGUCCAUUUGAAACCGAUUUACAAGAAUAUUUGGAGCGCCACGUCCUCAAUAACCACCGCGCCAUCCAGUGGUACCACUGCAACAACGAAAAAUGUCCCUAUAAAACUAAACAUAAGGAUGACUUAAAAAAGCAUUUGCAGUUGCAACAUUGUAACGAAAAAUCCAUCAAGUGGUACCACUGCGAAAAAUGCCCCUAUAAAACCAAGUACAAGUAUAAUUUGAAACAACACGGUAGAGUGCACGUCACCACUGCCAACCCCCAGAAAUACAAGUGUGAGGAGUGUCCCUAUGAAACCAAUUUCAGUGAGUACUUGAAGAGACACAUUUUUAACAAACACCGAGACGAAAGCGAGAUCCAGUGGUACCACUGUGAGCAGUGUACUUACAAGGCUAAGUUUAAGUCAGUGUUGAAGUUGCACGUCAACGCCAUACAUAUAGAUGAGAAGGACAUUAAGUGGAAUCAGUGUGACCAGUGCACUUUUAAAACUAAGUACAUCAGGUGUUUGAAGGAGCAUAAAAUCGCGUUUCACGAAGACGAGACGGAGGUGAAGUGGUACGAAUGCGAGCAGUGUGUGUAUAAGACGAGGUACGCGCAUAAUUUGAAGGUUCACGUGAUUAGUAAACACGUGAGUGAGAAUAAUAUUAGGUGGUAUCAGUGCGACAGGUGUCCGUAUAAGGCGAAAUUGAAAGGCAACUUGAGGAACCAUUUUACGUAUGUACAUGCGAAGAAAACUGUAAAAUUGAUAUGAACACAAUAAAUCGAAAGUUGUUGCUUGUA